UCAUCAACACCUCUCUCUCUCUAUAUAUACAAUACAAACCCAUAUAACAUAAAUUGGUUUUUGAAAUCUCACAAGGUAGUAUCAAUCCCAACCCAACAUUCUCUCUCUCUCUCUAAAAAAAACAAGAAAGAGAAUGGGUUUAAGAGACAUUGGAGAUUCAUUGCCACCAGGGUUUAGAUUCUACCCUAGCGACGAGGAGUUGGUCUGCCAUUAUCUCUACAAGAAGAUUGCGAACGAAGAUGUUCUAAAGGGUACUCUGGUGGAGAUUGACCUGCAUGUAUGUGAGCCAUGGCAGCUUCCUGAGGUGGCAAAGCUCAACUCCAAUGAGUGGUACUUCUUCAGCUUCCGAGACCGGAAAUAUGCCACGGGCUACCGAGCCAACCGAGCCACGACUUCUGGAUACUGGAAAGCUACCGGAAAAGACCGAACGGUGCACGACCCGAGGACUGGCGAUAUCGCUGGGAUGAGAAAGACGUUGGUUUUCUACCAGAACAGAGCUCCGAAUGGGAUUAAAACCGGUUGGAUCAUGCACGAGUUUCGCCUCGAGAACCCUCACAUGCCUCCCAAGGAGGACUGGGUGCUAUGUAGAGUAUUCAACAAAAGCAAGGAAGAAAACAGCUGCAACAAAUUACUUCAUAGCCCUCCACAAUAUGUUUUUGAAAACACCAAAGCUGUUGCUAUAACUUCUCCAUAUGUGUCUACAUCUCCUCCUCCUAACCACCACCACCAUACCAUGACCACCUCUUUCUCCCUAUGCCCACCCCAUCAAAAUCAAGACAGAAAUAACCCUACUAGCAUUCUACAAAAUUCGUCGGCGGCCCUAAAACACCAUAACUCACUCCCCAGAAGCGACGAUGAUCAGUACUACGGGUUUUUAUUCGAUAUGAACUUCGAAGAAAACAGCUUUGGGGAUCACGGAGUCGAUCUGAAUUUCGCGGGGACGAUGGAGUUCGAUGACGAUCGUGAGAAUCUAGUUUUUCCCUGAACCAGAAAACCAAAAUCUAGGCCCCCAUUAAUUAGUUGAUUUGUGAUGUAAUUAUAAUUAAGGUGUUCUUUUGUGUUUGAUUUUUCAUGCAUGCAUGUUUUUUACAUUGUUGGUUAUUUAAAAAUGUCGUAGAGAUACGUAUUUAUUUUCUUCGUUUCGUUGUGGGUAUUAGGUAGGUAUAGCACUUGGUUUGGCAACUUUUGUACUACGAUAUGUGAUUGCUAAUUUGUAAUUAGAUUUAUUAAAUGAGAUUAAAUUAUGUUUGUAAUUUUA